CUAAUCCCUCCUCUCUCGGAGAGGGUGUGGCCCUGUGCCUUCGGGGUCAGGAUCUGUAGCUCUGGUUACACAAGGGAGGAAGGGGCGUGCCUGACUGGGAUUGGUGCAGAGUGGGGAGGGACGGGCCGCUUGGUCCCUCCUAGGCCUUUCUGGGAGUCUGCAUAAAGUCGCAGCUUGUCCAGAGACCCAGCUCAACCCUGCUAAAGCCAGUCUGAGAAGACCAGCACCAGCCACAGCACCAGCACUAUGCCUAUGAUACUGGGAUACUGGAAUGUCCGCGGUGUAAGAGAGGGGACCGGGAUGUGAAACAGAAACUGACACAAUCCAUCCGCAUGCUCCUGGAGUACACAGACUCAAGCUAUGAGGAGAAGAAAUACACCAUGGGGGACGCCCCCGAUUAUGAACAAAGCCAGUGGCUGAGUGACAAAUUCAAGCUGGGCCUGGACUUUCCCAAUCUGCCCUACUUAAUUGAUGGAUCACACAAGAUCACCCAGAGCAACGCCAUCCUGCGCUAUAUUGCCCGCAAGCACAACCUGUGUGGAGAGACAGAGGAGGAGAGGAUUCGUGCCGACAUUGUGGAGAACCAGGUUAUGGACAACCGCAUGCAGCUCAUCAGGCUCUGUUACAACCCUGACUUUGAGAAGCUAAAGCCAGAGUUCUUGAAGACCAUCCCGGAGAAGAUGAAGCUCUACUCUGAGUUCCUGGGCAAGCGGUCCUGGUGUGCAGGGAACAAGAUCACCUAUGUGGAUUUCCUCGUUUAUGACAUCCUUGACCAGCACCGUAUAUUUCAGCCCCACUGCCUGGAUGCCUUCCCAAACCUGAACGACUUUAUGGCCCGCUUUGAGGUGAUGCCCUGAUCCUCCUUCUCAUUCGGUGUUCUUUUUCCCUUCUCCCUUUCCAGGAUGACUUUUGUCUUAGCAUUUCUAUUGCUGAGAAGAGACACCAUGACCAUGGCAAGUCUUAUAAGGAAAACAUUUAACUGAGGUGGCAGUUUAUAGUUUUAGAGGUUUAGUCCAGUAUCAUCAUGGUAGGGACCAUGGCAGCUGUAAUUAUGGGUGCAUUCAGGCUGACAUAGUACUGGAGAAGUAGUUGAGAAUUCUACAUCUUGAUCUGAAGGCAAUAGGAAGUGGUAUGAAACAGUGGGUAGUAACUUGAGGAAAGGAUACCUCAAAGCCUACCCCCAUAGUUACAUACAACAACAACACACCUACUCCAACAAGGCCACACCUCUUAAUAGUGCCACUCCUGUAGCUAAAGUUUUCCUGGUGUCCUGCCCUGUCAGCAGCCACUCAGACCCAAGUAAACACACAGAGGCUUAUAUUCAUUAAAACUACUCAGCCAUUAGCUCAGGCCUACCACUGACUAGCUCUUACACUUAAACUCAGCCCAUUUCUGUUAAUGUAUAUGUUGCCACAUUUUCUGUGGCUUUACCUGUGUGCCAUUACAUGCUGCUCCCUGGACAGUGGGCUGGCGUCCCCUAACUCAGCCUUCCUCUUCCCAGAAUUCUCUUUGUCUGCUUGUUCUGCCUAUACUUCCUGCCUGGCUACUGGCCAAUCAAUGUUUUAUUUAUCAACCAAUCAGAGCAACACAUAUUCACAGCAUACAAAACAUCCCACAGCACCUCCCCUUUUCUGUCUAAUCAAAUAGGAAAGUUUUAACUUUAACAUAGUAAAAUUACAUAUAAUAGAACAGGUAUCAAGCAAGAAUUACAGUUAUAAUAUCUAGUCUAUUUGUAUUUGGCAAAAUCAGAGAAAAUAUUCUAUGUAGCCUAUAUUUGUGAGUCUAAACUUUCAUAUCUAAUUUAUCUCUUAUCAUAACCAAGGAAAAUUAUAAUUAUACCUAUCUAGUCUUCAACUACAUCAAAGAUCUCAGAAGGAUACAAUAUUACCUAAGAAAAACAGGAAGAGCAUUGUAAGCAACUUCCAAAACUCUGCAAAUGACAGAGACAGCUGCCUGCCUGGACAGUCAUCCAAAGUUCCUCUGCAACGUUGGGGCAUCCAUCUUCAGCCUAUAGGCCUAGUCUCUCAGUCACUUUUCUCUGGGUCCUGUAGAAUAUCUGGCAGUCUCCUCUGAGGAGCAGGAACCUGAAGGACCAUCCUGCCUUGCAAAGUUCAGUGGUCACCUUCCUAUGGGUCUUGCAUGUCUAGUCAAUACAACAUUUUGUCAAGCAGUCAGGCAAGAACAGUUUCUUACCCAAAUGACUAUUUUUGCCAAGAAGAAGAUAAACCCCAUAUGGAGUGUCUUUAAUGCUUUCUUUUUGAACUAAAUUGGUGCUGCUAGGAGAAGAUGUGUCUCACUGUCCAGAAAGUCUACAUUUUAAAAACAUUUUAAAUGCCAUAUUCUGUAGGUCUUUGAAGUGUUUGAAGAUUACCUACCUAUUUGAAAUAUAUAUAUGUAUACCUAGAAAACUUAACUAACAUGACUAUAAGUUUGAUUAUCAUAGAUGACUAAUUAUUAAUCUGUAUUUCUCAACUAUACACUACAAUUUCAAAUGAGUUGCAUGAACAAAAUAAACAAGAGUAGAAAUAUACAGUAUAACAAAAUUAACUUUAAAUUUGUCUUAAUAAACUAAAACCCAUAGCAUUGUAAAACAUUUUUAAACAAGUUAUUGCUCUUAAAACUAGGUUCAUUAAUCUACCUUUUCAUCCUAUCAUAUCUGUAUCCUACAUUUCUAUACCAUAUCUUCCUUUCUUGGUAUAGAAAGA